AUGCCAGGAUUACUUACUGCAUUUAAGUAUUUAACAUUUUACGCACUCAAGUGUACAAAAAUUGUAGAGGACGUAAUAUUGAAUGGUCCUAAACGUAAGGCCAGAGUGGCCAAAGUGACCAACAUGAAUUUCUUUAUUCCAAGUCAAGAAUAUAUUCCUUCUUA